CCUGAUGUUUUGUUUUCUACUUAGUUCAUCGAAACAAACACCACUAAACCGAAUUCUUCCGCUUCUCACCCGUUUUGCAGAUCAAAUCUCUUAAAAUGGACCUGCUAAGUUCGAUUAUGAACGCGAUGGACAAGCCGCCGCGCGUGAACGACCGCGAGAAGAAGGCGCAAAAAGACCAACAAGCCGCCUACGAAAAGAUAAAGCUGGCCGAAAAGAAACACUUGUCCGACUUCAGGGCCAAAAUCGAGGGCAUGGUCAACGAUUUCGUCAAAGACGUGACAAAGCCGAAAAUCGUGUUUGAAACCAUGGACAAGGUGCACCGCGCCGUCGUACACGACGUCGCCGAAAUAGCAGGCCUGCCCGCCUUCUCGCUCGGCACUGAAGGGCUCGACCGACACAUCCAGAUUUACAAAAAGGAGACCGUACCUUCGGAGAAAAUACUCGAAGAGGCGCGCCGCACGGGCGUUACAGAUCUCGACGAGGCUCAACAAAUUAUCGAAGAGAGGGAGACCGAGGAGAAGCAGCAGCGUGAGCUUGAUUUAAAAAAAGGUCCGGAAACCGAGCCUACGAAAAAUUACAAAGAAAAAUACGAGCACCUGAUAGGCAAGGAGUCAGCGCUGGACGCUGCCAAGAAAACCGUCACAAACAAACAGUACGGAUUCGUUCCUGCCGAGAACAAAAAGGAUCAGCGGUCCAUUGAGCAAACUCUGGCCGACAUGCGCGAACGCAAGAGACAAAAGCUGAGCCACGGAGACUUGAGCACCGCCUCCAAGAGUGUGGAACCUGACGAGGGCUGAUUGCAGGAGGCCUCAACGAUUGGAUUGAAAGACUGAAUCCGAGAUACCAGCCAGCAUGAACUCGUGUGGGAUUGUUUUAUUCUAAUGAAUUCUAAAAUAAUAAAAUAUUUGUGCAAUUGAUAAGCAAAAUCGACGCUAUUAAAAAAAAUGAAGCAGCUAGACACGCCA